UUGCCUUGUGUGUUUAAAUGCGUCAUUGCCAGGCUGGGUGCUUACAGAGGAGGUUUGACCUACCAGGGGAUCAUUCGUCUCGCUUUAUACUUUCCUUUUCACCAUGGUGAAAUUAACAUUUAAUGGCGCUCUUGGCCAAAAGGACCUGAAAAAGGAUGGGAAAGAGGAGGCGUUGAUCCCAACUGAACAGGAUGUGGAGGAGGGUGUGCGUAUCCGGCAGCAGUCCCGUGCCUGGUGCUGGUGCAUGUGUCUGGGCCUGGCUCUGCUCCUCUCUGGCGUGGUGUUCGGCGGAGCCUACCUGUACAGGUACUACAUCGACUCGGCGGCUAAGGGCCCUAAGAGCCCUCUCCACGUGGCCAGACCACCACAGUAUCAUCUAGAUGUUGAAGCUGUAGAUGAUUAUGACGAUCAGCAGGGCCCGGUGUACUUCUGUGGUGUUGACUACAUGGAGGGUGGUGACUACAUGAUUGCGGAGGAGGAGCCCGAGGAACUGCCGGCUCAGCUUCGUCGUAUCCAGGAGACCGUGCGCAUCCUGGAGGACGACGAGGUCGCGCACAUCAACGUGCCCGUGCCCGAGUUCAGCUCCAGCGACCCCGCCGACAUCGUCCACGACUUCAACAGGCGCCUGACUGCCUACCUGGACCUGAACCUGAACAAGUGCUAUGUCAUCCCCCUCAACACCUCCAUCGUCAUGCCCCCGCGAGACUUCCUGGAACUGCUCAUCAACAUCAAGGCCGGUACCUACCUGCCCCAGUCCUACCUGGUCCAUGAGCAGAUGAUGGUGACUGAGCGCAUUGACGACCUGGAGCCCCUGGGGACCUUCAUCAGGCGCCUGUGCCGGGGCAAGGACACCUACAAACUGCAGCGGAGAGACCACAUCAUGGGCAUGCAAAAGCGCGAGGCUCUGGACUGCUUCAAGAUCCGCCACUUCGAGAACAAGUUUGUGGUGGAGACGGAGAUCUGCAACCCUUAGAGAGCCCAGCGGAGAGGAGAGGAGAGGAGAGGACGCGCCGUCAUGCCACGUGAUGUUAUGUGACGCGGCGCGAUGACGAGAAGUGAUGUAACGUGACGUGACGAGAGGCGACACACACACACACACACACACACACACACACACACCCUGUGUCGCCACUCGCUACACAACAACCACUCUAUAUUGCUGAUUUCUACUGGAGUGCAGUGUAAAUUUACAACCAUAUCUUAGCCCCUCUACUCUACUGUACUCUACUCUACUGUACUGUACUGUAUUCUACUUCCUUUCCACGGCUGUUACUGUUUCCUGUCCUGGUGGUGGUCCGACUUGUUUAGUUUUCCCCGUUUUUUUAUUUCUUUGUUUGUUCAUUUUUGUGAUGGUUUUUUGUUUUUGUGUUUAUUUUUUUGACAGUAACAGCAAGUAGUUAACCUGCCAGAUAGCCAGUGUGAACGAGUGAUGUGAACGACUGACCAAGAGAGGGGCGGUGUGUGUGUGUGUGUGUGUGUGUGUGUGUGUGUGUGUGUGUGUGUGUGUGUGUGUGUGUGUGUGUGUGUGUGUGUGUGUGUGUGUGUGUGUGUGUGUGUGUGUGUGUGGCCAGCCAGAUAGCCAGCGUGAGCGAACGAGUGAAGCGAACGUGUGACCAAUCAAGCCAGUGUGUGUGAGUGUGUGCGUGUGUGUGUUUCAGACAGUGUACAUGAAGCUUGGUUUGGCCCUUUUUGUUUUCCAUCUUUCAGCAAUAUUAAAGUCCACAAGGGUGUCUUUUGUA